CAUCCAUUUCGGAUUCAUCACACGACACUUGUCAGUACUCUAAUAUGCCAACAGUUAGAGUCAAGCACGUGUCUUUCUUUAAUUGAAAUCUUACCCUUUUAUCACAUUCUUUAUACCCCAUAUAUAUAUUUUUUGUUAAGGCUUGAGAGUGUUUUCAAGUGUAACAAAGGUAAAUGACACUGGUUAUCAGAGAGAGGAGACACAAACAAGCUCUAAGGCUUUCCUUACCAAAACCUUCAAUUCCAUUAUCUGAUUUCCCCCUCCAAACCCACAUAACACCAUCGUUGCCGCCAUCCCCAUCCUCCCAUGUAGACUCUUCUCCAGGCAUCAGGAACCUUUCAGACCUCGAGAAAGUAGCUGUACUUGGCCAUGGCAAUGGUGGCAUAGUCUAUAAAGUUCAUCACAAGAAGAACAAUUCUCUUUAUGCAUUGAAGGUCCUACGCUUCAAUCAGAAUGCCAUUGGCAUCCGUCAACCCGCUACACUCGAAGCUGAGAUUCUUAAACGAGUGGAUUCCCCUUAUAUAGUAAAGUGUCAUGCAGUUUUUGAUAAUGGUGCAUUGAGCAGUGAUGCAGGUCAUAUUAGCUUUAUUAUGGAAUACAUGGAAGGAGGAUCGUUGCAUGAUGUGUUGAGAGAACACCAUAGACUCCCCGAGGAGGUGAUUUCUGUCUUGGCUAAUCGUGUGUUGGAAGGGUUGAACUAUUUGCAUGGCAUGCACAUUGUGCAUAGAGAUAUUAAACCCUCAAACUUGCUUGUGAAUGACAAGGGUGAGGUGAAGAUUGCAGACUUUGGAGUCAGUCACGUAGUGGAAGGAAGGUUAGAGGAAACUGACUCCAACGCUGGUACGUGUGCCUACAUGAGCCCUGAAAGAGUUGAUCCAGAGAGAUGGGGUGGUGAAAAUGCAGAUGAGUUUGCAGGAGAUGUGUGGUCAAUGGGAGUGGUGAUGUUGGAAUGUUUUAUGGGUUAUUUUCCCUUAAUUGGUCCAGGGCAGAGACCAGAUUGGGCAACUUUGAUGUGUGCAAUAUGCUUUGGUGAGAAGCUGGAGAUGCCAGAGAAGGCAUCAUCCCAGUUCCAAAAUUUUGUCAGGAGGUGUCUUGAAAAGGAUUGGAGGAAGAGAGCAACAGUGUUAGAGCUUCUUCACCACCCUUUUGUGAAUACAAAGCAUUGCUUUUCUAGCAAAGGGUUGGGUGAUUUUGUUCUUCAUGGGUGAAGUGCACUAGAUUUUGAUUUUUCCUCCUCUUCUAGUUUUCCAAAACUUUGUUUUGAGCCUUUAACUUAGUCUUCGGCCUUUUCUACUUCAGACCAUCGUGAAAGAAAAUUCAGGUUCCAUUUUGGACGAAGGAAGGAUAAUCGUUUUGGGCUUUAAGUUAGAAAUUUGAACAUCAAUAAUUUUGAGAAUCUACUGCAUGCUAUGACAGGCAAAAUCUGGAACUACCAGGUAGCAAAGAGCCCCACCUAAUGCAAAUUUCCAAUCACUAGUUGCUGAAUGGAUGACAAUAGACGUGGUACCAUAGAAUAUCUGCUCCAUGUUCUCGAUUUCUCAUCAUCAAACACGC